AUGGACAGAGACCAGCACGAGCUGCAGUUCCUUGGGUUCCUCGGCGUCUACAGAGAGAGCUCCAAGAUUAUCCUCAAAGGGAGGGAGAUCUUCGCUCAGAUCACGCUCACGCUCAUCCUCCAUCUGCAUCGUCUUCCUCGCUCUCUCCAAGGUUUCACAGCUCCUCUACUUCAAGUUCGUCAAGUACGAGAUCGACUGAGACAAUGCCAGGAAGCACAACCUGAGGUACAGGACCCGUGCCGCAUGCUCAAGAAUUUCUGGCUCAUCGAGCUAGGCUCCUUCAUCUCCGUCUUCAUCUUCUCUCUGCUUUCGACUUCAGCUGUCGUCUACACGGUGGCUUGCAUCUACGCCACCAAGCAGAUUACUAUCACCAAGAUGAUGAGUGUCGUGCCCAGGCUCAUCGUCGUGAGGCAAUUUUCAGUUGGCCCUGCACUUGGGAUUGCCCUGGGGGACACGAGUGUGAUCUCGGUUCUUGAAGAUGCAUAUGGAAGGAAGGCGAUCGCGAAGAGCAAGGGACUGACAAAUGGCAAGAUGGGCCUACGAGUUUGGUGUUUUCUUGGUGUCUUCGUGUGCUCCGUGCUGGUUCAGGCACUGUUUGGAUCCCUUGGGGUCUUGGACGUGGUUCCUAUUGGAGUCAAGAUUGGGGUUGGGCUGAUCUGCACGAUGUUGCUGUCGAUGCUGGUGCUGUUCGAUUUGGUCGUGCAAACAGUGAUCUACUUCGUCUGCAAGUCCUACCACCAUGAGAACAUCGACAGCUCCUGCUUGUCUGAUCAUCUGGAGUUCUGUCGUGGAGACUAUCCCUCUGAAGGCCAAAAGGCUGCCCAGGUUGAGCAAUUUCAUGUCUAA